AUGUCUGGAACCAACUCUCCUCGCGAGGAGACUACGACGGACGACAACGACAUAGCCUCUUCAACGCCCUCACAUAAGACCCUCUUUGCAGUAGGGCCGCUCGUCUCUGUUGUGUCUUACCGCCCCAACCAGAGACAGAAAUCAAUAUGCGCUGCUUCUUCGAUACACACCUUUCACGACCCAACUGAUCGUGUAGCAGCUCGCCUCGUACACCUUGCAAAAGCUUUCAACGGAUCAGAGGGACUCCUUUGCCCGAUUAGGUCUCAACGAUGGCCCAUUUUGGUGAAGCUGGCUUCUCCGACGCAGGCGUUGAGUGACCGGUCGCGGUUGGAGGAAUUUGACGAAAAGAUUGCUGUCGCAAAAGUCAAGCAAAGUGGUCAACCAGUCACAGAAGAUGUGGAAUGUCAUUUGGAUAUGGUGUACAUUUCCAAGUCGCAUAGGCCUGCGGGCACGUGUUGCUAUCAGUUGAAAAAACCCGUCAAAACACGUCGAAAAAUGGGGGGAGAACAGUUUCGCAAAGCGCUUGCCAAGGAACUCUGGAAGAAACUCGCGGAUUCGACGGUAGCUGAAGAGAGGACGGAGGAGAGAUGGUGUGGGAUUGCGUCUUGGUUCCAUUUGGAAAACGACACGCGGAGGACGACGCGUAGCGGAUUGCAAAGGAGGGGGUCUGAAACAGUCCAAGGUUUGUCCCCUUCCAUUCACGCAUACUGCUCCUCUGAUACGCCGGAAUUUGUAAUCCUACCCUUUUCCCUUUCCCUUCUAGCCUCAUCCACCCUCUUUUCACAGAUGCGGAUCUACCAAACGUCCUCUAUCAGCCCUCCCUUGGAGCUCCGAAUUCUCCUUAAAGUUAACCUUCCUUCAUGUCUCUCAAGCCUAUACGAAUCCCUCACGACCAGCUUGAAGGGAAAGAUGUCGCUGACGUGGACGACCGAGUUCAUGGGUUUGGCAAUGGAGAGAGGGGAGGAACGAGUGAAUGCGCGCAAGGCACUUGAGAUGGGAUGGCGAUGCUAUCAGAAGGGUUGGUCACACCUUUCCCUCGGACUCGACGACAUCUUUACUCAAAACGGCCUCUUUCUAUCCAUACCCCAACAUGCCCAUCGUCCACCUACUACUCCCAGUCCAGUGCCGUCCCCUGACUCGUUCAGGCUGAGAUUCAUAGAUGCUUCUUACAAAUUCCUGCACCCAUCCAUCCCAACUCCCUCUGUACUUCGUUCAUGCGUCUUCCACAUCAUCCAUCUCACCUUCAGCUUCUGCGCAGUUUGGAACUCCGCCGCCAACGCCAUCGACGUCAGACGACGAGUUCGCGCUCCCGUCGCUGUGGUUCAAUGCCUGCCCAGCAGCCAGUAA